CCUGAAUAUACCUGAAGUUAAUAAAUUAUUCAUAGUAACAAUAAUGAAACAAAGCUUUUCUGUUCGAUUUGUAAACAUGUUUGUUUAUGUGCUAUGAACUCGUGAGCAGUCACAAGGAACAGCUGCUUGGAAUGCAUAUAAAAGGAAGGUACGAGGAGUUGCCUGGGACUAAAUAGUGCCGCGAGAUGGACGGAUCUGUUGCCUUCGUACUUGGAGCCAUCUUGGCCGCCGCCUCUGCUCAGCCGUUCUUCGGAGCGCUUUCUGCCGCUACCGGAGUGGGAUCGAGCAUGGUCAACGGGAUGAGGGUCACCGCCAACGGCCUGGGGUCGGCCAAGAGCUCCGCGGUGCAAUCUGGCGUUGACAGUGUCAAGGCAGGCGUGAACAUGGGAGCUAACAUGGCUUCCAUGAUCCCAGGACUAGGUUCCUUUGCCAAUCUGGGGGCCGGCAUUGUGAACUCUAAAGCAGACACAGUGAACAGCUUAGUACAAAGCAAGAUCAAGACAGCUCUGGCCUUGGAGAACGCCAAGUUGGACAUGAUGGAUACCGGACUCAACAUGGCCGGAACUGCAGCCAAAACAGGAAGUAGCCUCCUCACUUCACUUCCUGGCAUGGCCUCAUCCCUUUCUUCAUCACUUCCUGGCAUGGCCUCAUCCCUUUCUUCAUCACUUCCUGGAGCUUCUUCACUUUCCAGCCUGGCGUCUAGCGUGAGUGCUUCAGUUCCUGGAGCCAGCUCAGUAACUUCAGCUCUCAGUGGUAAUGCAGCUUCAGGCUCUGCUGCUAACGUGGCUGCAACAGUUUCCAACACUGCUGCAUCAGCACCAAAUGUAGCUGCAUCCGUAAGCGCUGCAGUUCCUAGCACGAGCAACGCCGCCGCUGCAAAUAACGCCGCAGCUACAGCAACUGCAAGACAAGGCGGAUUAUUAUCUUUGUUUAAUAGUUUCACAGGGUAAAUGAAACUGAAAACAGGACUUACACACAAUAUAAAUCUACUAAGACCUAACUUGUGAUGUACAUAAUAAUAUAAAUAAAUAAGCUCUAAAUCUAUUGUUCUAGAAUGUUAAUUUACCUUUCCAUUAACCUAAAACGGAAUUUAUAAACAUCAGUAUACAAAACAAGAGGUUGUUAGAAUAUCCACACCAUCAUGAAAAGACAGGUAAAAAUUAAAUAAGAGUUUUUUUUUUUAAAUAUACCUGAAUAAUUGAUGAUAAUCAAAAUCAAACAUAUAACCAUGAAAAAC